AUGGGGCAUACUGAUAAAGAACAAGAAAAGGCUACUACACAAAUGGAGUUCAAUAAGGAUAAGGCCAUCAGAGCUAAAGAAGUUGCUGAGAGCAGGUUCAAAGCAAGGGACAUUAUAGGUGCAAGAGCAUUUGCUAUGAGGGCCCAAAAUAUGUUUCCUGAUCUUGAAGGUAUUCCUCAAAUGUUAACAACACUUAAUGUGCACAAUGCUGGACUAUUCAGGAGAAAUGGGGAAAAAGAUUGGUAUCGUAUACUUGGCGUCGUUCGUCUGGCUGAUGAUGACACUGUGAGGGAACAAUAUAGAAAGCUAGCUCUCGGGCUUCACCCUGAAAACAACAAGUCCAUUGGUGCUGAUGAGGCCUUUAAACUAAUCUCAGAGGCAUGGAGUGUACUAUCAGAUAAGGCCAAAAGGGUAGCAUAUAAUGAGAAGAUAAAUGCAAAAGUUAAAUCAAAGACAUUUUGGACAGUUUGCAAUCGAUGCCGAAUGCGGUAUGAGUACCUCAUAGUUUAUCUCAAUCGAAAAUUACUGUGCAGAUUCUGCAAGGGGAUAUUUUUGGCUGUAGAAAUAGCUCCACCUGAAGGGGAAGCUCAAUCUGUAACUGAUAAUAGUCUUGCAGCUGCAAUCCAAAGCAGACUUAUGGAGAAAAUUUUCUAUGUACUUGGUGAUAGAAAACUACUUGUAAAAAGUAUCACUGCAACCUCAAUUGAUCAUGCAUAUGAGAAAGCGAAGCGAGAACGUGAGGAAGUACAAGCAGCUAUGGAAAUGGAAGGGGACUUAUGCAGGAAGCUGCAGGAUCUUGGUCAGGACUUUUUAUCUGAUCCUGCUAAGAGAAGAAGGGGCAUGGAGGAUUCAAGCUUGAGCAGCCAUGGUGAACAUCAGAAUCUUCUUAUGGAGAUAAAUGAUAUUAGCAAGAAACUCAGUGAAAUGGAGACUAACCCUACUGAUGAAACAGCAGUGAAAGAGAGUGGAAAUGACUACCAGAAAGCAAAUGGGAAAGAGGAAGUCAUGGUUAAGGUGAACAAUGAGGAUACCAUUAUUAAAGAAACAAAAGAUGAUAACAUGACAGAAGAUAAUGGUCAGUGA